CUACUGCUUAACAACCGGAGGAUUCCAAACAAUAUCAGCUAGGAGCGGACUGUCCAUUUGUGUGCUUUCAUUUACUGUAUCAACAAGUUUAAAUACGUGGGCAAAAUAAUAGUGCACUUUACCUUAUUACUGGUCAAACAAGGGACAGAAAUGAAAAUGAAAUACAAACGAAAUAAAAAUUAAUCAAUAGCAAAUGUUCAUCGGUUGAUUGCAGAAACAUUAAGGUGAGGUAGCUUUUCUGUCUGCAAACAAAGUAUAGAAGCUUUAAAACAAAUAUAUCUGGAAAGUCAUACAAGCCGUAUUAACUUUGAUGGAUACAAAAUAAUUUUGAACUAGCGAUAACGUUGAAUUGUUUGUCAAAUGUGAUUGAAAUGACAGUAAAAAUAAAAUUAAUGGAAAAAAAACCUGAAAAUAGCACUCCUUGAGUAUAACUGAAAUAGAUGUUUAUAACGCCUUGUUGAGGCGGAACAAUAUAAAAUGGAAACGUUACAAUGAACAUUUACGAGAAAUCAGUGAUCAGACACUGCCGAAGGAUUCGGAAUUAGUAAACACAAUAUUUGGAAAAGAAUAUAAGUCUUAAACUGAACAAAGUUGCUUAAAUUAUACAUAAUGAGAAUAGAAAAAGAUAUAAAAGUAAGCGUGGUCUUUCCUUUGGUAUUUAGUUGUUUAUAUGUGGGUCAAAACAGCUGUACAUCAAUAAAUGAUACAAACGUUUUACUGCGUGACGUUUUUGAAAGGUACAAUAAAAACGUAAGACCAGUGGAAAAUCAAAAUGAUCCAGUCCAUGUCAAUGUUACUCUACUGCUUGUUUCUAUAAGAGAACUUGAUGAGGUUCGUGGAAUAUUGUCGGUGAUGGGAAGUUUUGCAAUCAUAUGGCACGCUGCAAAUAUAAGAUGGAAUCCUAAAGAUUAUGGUGGGAUAGAAGAACUUACGGUAUCAUAUACAGACGUCUGGGUACCUGAACUGAUACUUGUAAACCCAGCAGAAGAAACAGAUACUCUUGGUAAGAAAUGGCAAAAAGUUAAUUUUAAGCAUACUGGGUUUGCCUCAUGGUAUCCCACAGAUCUUCUUAAAAGUACUUGUGCUUUGGAUGUGUACAGUUACCCAUUUGAUACUCAAGAAUGCGUUUUAUGGUUUACCGUUUUGGGAUAUUCUUUUGACAAGGUUAAAAUAAAUUCACCGAAUGACGAAAUGGACUUGAGGUUUUACAUUGAAAGUUCAGCGUGGAAAAUAUCUAAAUCGAAGGCAAGUGCUUUUUACGGAGGCUUGCAAAUACACUUUCAUAUUAACCUACAGAGGAAACCAGGCUUUGUUAUCGUAAAUAUAGUUCUUCCCCUAACUUUCCUAAGUCUGCUGAAUGCAUUUGUGUUUGUACUUUCAGCCGAAUCUGGUGAAAGAAUUUCAUACUGUAUCACAGUGUUAUUGUCGAUAGCCGUAUUCAUGACAAUUGUAAGCGACACCCUCCCAAAAAGCUCGGAACCAGUUCCACUUAUUUCGUACAAACUGAUGACUGACAUGGUGAUCAGCUCUCUAAUUACACUGGUCACAAUACUGAACCUAACAUUGUACAAUAAGAAGAACACAGAAGUCGUCCCGAACUGGUUGCAGUCUAUGUAUCUGUUUCUAUCCUGUAAACGGUUGAAAUCUCGCGUUCAUCUGAACUGGGACCAUGCUAAAGACAUGGAGAAUGCAGAAAACCAGACAGAGAAAACUAAAACGGAAAACAAGUCGUUGAAUCGAAAUCGGUCAAAGCGAAGGCAAUCCGGUGUUCCCAAUGCUAGAAAACCGUCAAUUACAGUUGUUGAUUUAGAUGAAGUCCGAAACGAAAGUAUUAAAGGACAAAUAGCGAGAAUGGUCUCAGAAAUGGAGGAGGAGAACGAUGCCUAUAUCCAGGUAUCGUGGAAGAAUAUUAGUAGCAUGGUAGAUGGCAUUGCAUUUGUAACUUUCACAUUGUUGUCUAUUUGCAGCCUUAUAGUGUUCUUUGUCAUUACUUUGAACUGAUUUAAGGAUGUACGAAAGUUUUUUUUACAAAACUUAUGCUAAAAGUUAAUGCUAAAUGAUUAAAAUAUGGCUAUUAAUAUACCAUUGAACCAAACAAAUUCCACAUGUUAUGAAAAACAUUUUUCACCCUUAUUCUUUGCUGUCAUUUGCCUAACAUUGAUGUAAGAUUUACAAUGGGGUAGGCGUCGG